UGACCGGAAAUGUCUGUAUUUUGAGGUAGCUUGACGCUAAAUGUAGCGACAGUCUUCCCCGCUCAGUAACAGCUCAAUUUCCUUCGUGUUUAUUUAAUUUUCCCGUCACAUUUCGGUCCCGCUCUGUCUUCCUCAUGAUGCCCGUUAUCCCUGUCCUGUCCGCUGUCUCGCUGGCGCUGGUGUCUCUUUGUCCAACCGCCCUGUGCGCGCGCAGAGACGUGCUCGAGCUCGGGGACGCGGACUUCGACUACCUGGCAACGGAGCACGAGACCAUGCUGGUGAAGUUCUACGCUCCAUGGUGUGGCCACUGUAAGAAACUGGCUCCAGAGUUUGAAAAAGCAGCGGGUCGGCUGAAAGGAAUCGUUCAGUUAGCAAAGGUGGACUGCACUGCUAACUCUGAGACCUGUGGUCGUUUUGGCGUCACUGGGUAUCCGACUCUGAAGAUCUUCAGGUUUGGGAAGGACUCUGCUCCCUAUGAUGGGCCUCGCUCUGCAAGUGGGAUCUACCACUACAUGACGAAGCAGACUGGUCCAGACUCGCUCCACCUGAAGAGUAAAGAAGACCUCCAGAACUUUGUCAACAACUACGACGCCAGCAUCGUCGGUGUUUUCUCAGGUACCGAUGCGCCGCGUCUGGAUGAGUUCCUGAAGGCGGCCGGUCUGUUGAGAGAACAGUUCAGGUUUGCUCACAUCACUGACCUGCAGGUCGCCGAGGAGCAAACCCAAACCGAGAGCGUUUUGCUCUUCAGGCCUCCCAGACUGGCCAACGCCUUCGAGGACAGCGUCGUUGUCUUCACCGAUUACCUGACCAUCAGCUCUCUGAGACGCUUCAUCAGAGACAACAUCUAUGGUCUCUGUCCUCACAUGACUAUGGAGAACAGAGACCGCCUCAGAGUUCGUGACUUGCUGACGGCGUACUACGACCUGGACUACCAUCACAAUGUCCGGGGGUCAAACUACUGGAGGAACAGGGUGAUGAAGGUUGCCUCCAAAUACAGUGGGCGUGGCCUAAUCUUCUCAGUAGCCAAUAAGAGGGACUUCCAGGCGGAACUGGAGGACGACUACGGCCUGGGGACGGCGGACGGCGGCGAGCUGCCGUUCGUCACCAUCCGGACCAAACUGGGCCACAAGUACACCAUGAGGGAGGAGUUCACGAGGGACGGCCAGUCGCUGGAGCGGUUCCUGGAGGAUUACUUUGCAGGUCGUCUGAAGCGUUACAUCCGAUCAGAACCGGUACCGGAGAAGAACGCCGCUCCUGUGAAGGUGGUGGUUGCCGAGUCGUUUGAUGACAUCGUUAACGAUCCAAAUAAAGAUGUUCUGAUCCAGUUUUACUCUCCGUCGUGUCCACACUGCAAGAAGCUGGAACCGGUUUACAGGGAGCUGGCGGAAACGCUGUAUUCUGAUCCAAACGUCGUCGUUGCCAAGAUGAACGCCGUCGAUAACGACGUCCCGCUGGGAUACGAUGUCCAGGGCUUUCCAACCAUUUAUUUUGCUCCAGUGGGUAAAAAAGACGAUCCUGUUCGGUACCAGGGAGCUCGGGAGCUGAAGGACUUCUUGAAGUUCCUGAAACAAGAGGCGAGUCACAAUCUGGUGCUGCCCGGGCUUAAGGAGGAACUGUGACAUUUGUUUACCCGUCGAUCUUAACCGAGAAAGAAUAAAUCACGAUGUCAGUGAGAAACAAAGGGACAGAGUUAGUUCUGGUCUCUCUGAUGGACCUGAUGCAGAAUCAGUGUGAAGCUCCACAGAACCAAGUCCGCCCACAUUUCUUUCUUUAUGCCCAAAAUAAUUUCUUAUGUUGCCUCACUAGAUUUAUUUAUGUAUUUAUUUAUUUAUGA